ACAGUCGUACCCUAGCAAAAGCUUACAUUUUUAUCGGGGAUUUACUUGCGCCGGAACGCGGCAACCGUGAAAUUCACCACCAUCAUUAUUUUUCGGUCUCUAUUGCCCGCUUUCUUCAUUUCUUCUCUCACAAAACCAUAAACCCUUGUUUACCCUUUUUCUGCCAUCUUUCUCUCUCUCCCCCUCCGCCCCCAUUUCCACCCGAUAAAACCGCAUGCUCGAUUCUCCCGCCGCCUGAAAGUAUCCGUGAUUGUCGUUUCCUAGGGUUUAUUCUUCUUCGAUUUGUGCGUUUUAGAGAGAGAAGAAAUGGCGUCGGAAGAUGUGAAGCAGCGAGGCGAGGCGGCGGCGGUUACGACGAUCGUGAAUUUGGCGGAAGAAGCGAAAGCUGCGACUGAAGGCGUUAAAUCUCCUAAAAAUGCUCUUCUUAGCAUUUCUAAAUCACUCGCUGCCGGAGGUAUCGCCGGUGGAUUGUCACGAACAGCAGUUGCUCCUCUAGAACGGUUGAAAAUUUUGCUGCAGGUUCAGAAUCCUCACAGCAUAAAAUACAAUGGAACAAUUCAGGGUUUGAAAUAUAUAUGGCAGACUGAAGGAUUUCGCGGGCUGUUCAAAGGCAACGGCACUAACUGUGCUCGUAUAGUUCCAAAUUCAGCAGUGAAAUUCUUUAGUUAUGAGCAGGCAUCCAAGGGAAUUCUGUGGCUUUAUCAGCAGCAAACUGGAAAUGAGAAUGCUGAACUGACUCCUGUUUUACGUCUUGGAGCUGGAGCAUGUGCUGGAAUUAUUGCCAUGUCAGCAACGUACCCAAUGGAUAUGGUACGAGGCCGGCUGACUGUUCAGACCGCUCAAUCUCCUCAACAGUAUAGAGGAAUAUAUCACGCUCUAACAACUGUUCUCCGAGAAGAGGGUGCCCGGGCCUUGUACAAAGGGUGGCUCCCUUCUGUGAUUGGUGUGGUACCUUAUGUGGGUCUCAAUUUUGCUGUAUAUGAAUCACUGAAAGACUGGUUGAUCAAAGAAAAAGCAUUUGGGCUUGUUCAGGACAAUGAGUUGAGUGUAACAACAAGGCUUGGAUGCGGUGCUGUUGCUGGGACUAUUGGCCAGACUGUUGCUUACCCUCUUGAUGUUGUACGCCGAAGAAUGCAGAUGGUCGGCUGGAAAGAUGCAUCUACUGUUAUUACUGGCGAUGGGCAAAAGAUUGCACUUGAGUAUACAGGUAUGAUUGAUGCCUUCAGGAAGACAGUUCGAUAUGAGGGUUUUAGGGCUUUGUACAAGGGCUUGGUACCAAAUUCUGUGAAGGUGGUUCCAUCCAUUUCAAUUGCAUUUGUCACAUACGAAGUUGUGAAAGAUUUACUUGGGGUGGAGAUGAGAAUAUCAGAUUGAAGCGGAAGGGUAUUUUUUCAGUUUUUGCUAGAGUGCAAACAGUAAAAGGUAAAUUCAUGAGGGAAUAUUCUUUUGCGGUUGACGAUUAUUUUCGAAAGCCGUAUCUAUGGCUACAAACAGAAGUGCUGUUACUUGCCGUCAUGUGAUCAUCUAAAUUCCCCAUUUGAUUUUGCCAUUUUAAUUUAUUUGGUAUUCAAUAAAGAAUAGCCUGUAUUAUCCUAGAUUUCCUAGGAGAUUGAUGAUACCUUAACCCUUAUAUCAAUAAUUUUAUAGAUGGUUUUAUCUCACCGGUGUUUAUCUUCAAUGUCGUUGGCCGUAAUAUUUGUUUUUGCUGAAUCAGCUCACAUAAUGGUGUAAAAUGGCAUUACGUGAUGUCUUCUGUAUGCGAAACUGAAUUUAGCACCUGUAAAUUACUGAUCUAUGAGUUGCAUGAUAGUCAUUUUGAUGUA